CUCGUUGCUGGCAACGCUUUGCAAGCUCAAUUCCUCUCUCUGUUUUUCUCACACACGCAUUCCUAUAUGUCCGUCAUUCUCAGUUGAUUCUUCGUGAGUGCCGCUAUCACUUUGUGUUUGUUGCUUUGUUGCUGGCCUGGCUGCGGCCCCGUCAUCGUUGUCGGUGUAUUUUUAAUCACUUUUCUCGCUGCCUGUAGUUUUGAAAAUAUUGUACUAAUUUGGAGACGUGCAAUCAAACAUAUGAGUUAUUGUUUAUAUAAUAAGUUUCGUUGUAUAUGUGAAAAUAUACGUGUUUUACACAAAGCAAAAAGCAGAGCUGAGAGAGUAGGCAGUAACAACAUUCUCAUAUGUAUGGGCGUAUAUGUGUAAGUGCGUGAGUAACAAGGCUGAUAAAUAAAUCUACUAAAAAUUAAACCAAUAGUACUUAGAAACGAAAAAAUUUUAAUACAAAUCAACAUAUAAUACAAAAUGGAAGCAAUCGCUAAACACGAUUUCUCUGCAACUGCCGAUGAUGAACUCAGUUUCCGUAAAACCCAAAUUCUGAAGAUAUUAAACAUGGAGGACGAUUCAAAUUGGUAUCGCGCCGAAUUGGAUGGAAAAGAAGGGCUUAUUCCUAGCAAUUAUAUAGAAAUGAAAAAUCAUGACUGGUAUUAUGGACGUAUAACACGUGCCGAUGCGGAGAAAUUGCUGUCAAAUAAGCUUGAAGGUGCUUUUUUAAUACGUAUCAGCGAGUCAAGCCCCGGCGAUUUCUCACUAUCCGUCAAAUGUCCCGAUGGAGUUCAACAUUUUAAAGUACUGCGGGACGCCCAGAGCAAAUUUUUCCUUUGGGUUGUCAAGUUUAAUUCCCUCAACGAAUUGGUUGAAUAUCAUCGAACAGCGAGCGUAUCGCGAUCACAGGAUGUAAAAUUGCGCGAUAUGGUACCUGAAGAGGUAUGCUUUUUUAUUUAA